GUAGUCGGUGUGCGGCGUGGAAGAUGGUGAGUGACAGAAGGCUGUUCUCUUUGCAAAGUUUUAUUGCUCGGCUUUAAAACAUUUUUUUCCCCGAAAAGAACGACAAAAUUAAGGACCUAUUGCCGCCAAAAAUGCGCAUUCUGGCCGAGCUAUACAUGUGAUGCAUGGCUUGAAGAUGGCAACGGCUGGCACUGAGGUACCUUCAUGGCAGCAAAAUAUCCCUAAGGCAACCAGAAGGCUUACUCUGCGCAGCAGAGUUUCUGUGAGCGCCAGAGAAGAGGCACAGCUGGAUGAUUUGCCUAAAGUGCAACAGCCUCAGAGUGAUGCCUUGCAUUGUAACACAGUUACAAGAAGUAUGUCCAAGAAGGUGGAACAGACUCCCAGUCGAACAAACCAACGUGGUGAUAGAACUUCGGUUUCAGAGGAUAUUUCUCCAAGGAGGUCACCGCGUAUCAUGGGUACACAGAAGUCGCCAGCAGCUCUUCGUCUGAAGGAGAAAGCUCUCUGUGGUACACCCCUCUCGCAGGAAGAUGAUGUAAAUGGAAACUCCACACUGACAGAAAAUGAUGAAGUCCCCAAGCUGCAGCUUACUGAAACACCAGCUGCAAAAUCUGAAAAGGAAGUCCAGAAGCCUAUUCUCAGGAAAUCACUGCGUAUUGCCAAGCUGCAGAAUCCAAACUUAUCAGUCAACAUUGAUUCCAACUGUCUGGGAGAGGAGCACAUGGAUGAGAGUCGUGAGCCAGCGGUGGUUAAGCAGAAUGAAGUGCGAAGUCCAAAGAAGAAAGGGAAGACCAAGGCAAUCGAAGUUGGCCAAGAAAACCUAGAAAUGGCUAAAGUUUCAAGCCGAUCACUGCGUGUUGCUGUCAGUAGCCCUAUGCCUGAGCGUGAGACUUUGUCAGUAGAGCCCAAGUGCAAUAAUGAGCUGCACGGUGAAAGCAAUUCAGGUGAUGCUGCAGGCACAGAAUCCAAGCCCAGUUACUCCGAUAAGGAAAUGCAGACAGUGAUUUGGAAGAUCAUCAUAGGAGCUGAGGAAGAAUUGAAGGCCCACGAUCCAGAAACGAAAGACGGACUGUUGCUGCAAGACGCCACCCCCAGUAAUGUUGGGGGCGUGGCCUCCUCCUCUCCUGUGAAGGUCAGGGAUGUUGACAGCGGCUCACCCAGGAAGUCCGGGAAUGCUGUCUCCGCGUCGUCCUCCCCCAGGAAGGCCAGGAACACCACCCCAUCCUCCCCCAGGAAAGCUGUGGAGGCCGCCGGCUCCCACAGGAAAUCUCGGGAAUCUGCUGUUAAAGAAACGUCUCCCAUCAAAACCUGGAAUCUCAGGAGUAAGAGGGGACAUGUGCUGUUAAACAAUGAGGAGAAAGUUGAGACAGAACCUCUGACUACAAGUGUAGAAAGCUUGGGGGAAAAGGUGACGGACGAGCAGGAAAUAGAGAAGGCUGAAGUAAAAGAAGCUGAUAAGAUCAUCGAAGAAGCAAAUGAUCAUGUGGCAGAGAUUCCAGAAGAGCUGGGUCACAAAACGAAAGCAAAACCAGUGGGAAAACACAAGAAGACAACCAAAUCAGGGCAUCAACUGAUUGUGAGUAACCUGGAUUCCUCAAAGACAUUUGGUGAGCUCCAAAUCGCUGUCAUCCGCUUCUUCAUGGAGAAACAGUUAUCAGUCACUUCAAUUGGGAUCAGGAAAUCCAGAAAACGUGGCCGUGUAACGUUUCUCACUAGGAAAGAUCUAAUCCAAGCACUGCAAAGCAAUGGCGAGGAAUUGUUGGGCCGCACUUUGCAAUUACGUAGACCAGAACGGAUUGAAAAGCCUUUAACGCCUCACCAUGGGAAGAAACGAAAGCUGAUGGAAUUAGACCAGGACUCUACGGUGCCAUGUCUGACAAAGAAGAAAAAAAUUCAAAAGUUGUCUGUUUCAAAUAAGAAGAGCAGGAAGUACUCUGCAUUUCUCAUAAGGAAAAGAAAGUCACGAGUUGUUUCACCCAAGAAAAGCAGGAGAAAUUCUCUAACUCCAAUCAAGAAGGAAAAAAUGAUACAAGCUGAGGAGGAGGAGGAGCCGGCCAUACCUGCUCUUCACAAGAAGAAGAAAAAGAAGAAAACUCAGGAAGAAGGAGAGAAAAAAGAAUGGGAGGAACCUUUUGCUCCUCCGUCUCCGCAGAAGAAAAGAAAACUGGAAGAAACGAUUUUAGACGAGAGAGAGGACAAAGCAGCUGUGCUUCAGAAGAAAAACAAGAAAAAACUGGGAAAAGCUGUUUCAAAUGAGGAAAGAGAAGAAGAGAAAGAGGGUGCUGCCCCUCCACCAAAGAAGAAGAAAAAACAUCAGGAGAAAGGUUCUUUUCCUCAAGCUGUUUUAAAUGAGGAAAAAGAAGGGAAAGAGGAAGCUGCCCCUCAGCCAAAGAAGAAAAAGAAGAAAAAUCAGGAGAAUGUUGCUUUAAACGGGAAAAGAGAAGAGGAAAAAGUGCAUGCUGAGCCUCUAAAGAUGGAAAAGAAAAAACAUCAAAGUAAAACUUCCUGGUGUCUCUACCUGCAGAACAUUGGAUUCCAGGAAAAAAAAUCAAAGAUAAAGGCAGCCAUUGGCAAUUUUCUAAAUGAAAGGUCAAUUAGCUACAAGGAGAUCGUACUCCAUCCUUCCAGAUUUUCUGCUUGCAUUGAACUGCACUGUGAGGAGGACCUGAACGAGGCGUUGAAAUUGAACGCUCGCAAGAUCUUUGGGCAAGCAGUAAGGCUGAACAAAGUGGCGAAACUGGGAGCUCUGGAUGUUGAAGGUCGAAGGACGCUCUAUAUUCGAAGUCUUCCAAGUGAAGUCUCUGCCAGGAACCUUAAAAAGCUGUUCAAGAAAGUUGCUGGUGUUUGGAUACAGGAGAAUCAGAAAAGCAGCAAGAGGUUUGCCUUAAUUGCAUUUAAAACAACAGAAGCAGCAGAUGGUGCCCUAAGUAAAAGUGAAAUUGAAUGCAAGGGAAACCUAAUUCAAUUGCAAUCUGUGCAUCAGAGGAACAAAGAGAGAAAGAAGAUUCUUAUGGUGAGACACCUCCCUUGUCCAUUGAGUAAGAUGUAUCUAAAAGCUUUGUUUACUGAUGCCAAGGAUGUCCGAGUCCCUGAAGAAAAUGACAGCCAGGCACAAGGAAUUGCUUAUAUAGAAUACAAGACAGCAAAACAGGCCAAGGCAGCCCUGACGCAGUUCAGAGAAAAAGGGAUUCAAGGACAAGCGGUUCGAAUUGACUCUAUAGCAGGAAAAAACGAGUGGCCAGAAAAGAAUCUCCUUCAAGAGGAAAAGAAAAAGAGAGGAGAAAAGAAAAUUGCUGAAGCAAAAAAGAAAGGAAACCCAGAAAAGAAACUCCCUGGAGAGAAGAAAAAGAGCAAAAAAUGCAAGACCGAUCUGUCACCUCCCUCUAACUCUCUGUUUGUGCGGAACCUGCCAUCAAAAGCCACGCUCGACGGGUUGAAAUCAACCUUCAAAGCCUCCAUAGGUGCCGAGAUACAUUCCUCAAAAAAGCAGUAUACCUAAAACAAAAAUGUCCCACGACGGAAAGAAAGAAGAGGAAAGUCAAACUUGUAAUCAAUGCUAAAGUUAUAUUUCUGUACUCCCAGUUCUGCGACAUUUUGUGUCCUGCUGUUUGGCAGCUGGAAUCUCUUCCACCCGGUAAUUUUGAUUGAGACCUACAUUGAGAAUUCCUCUGAACCUACUGUCAAGUUAUUUUAUUCCCAUGUUUUUAUAGAUCAGUGGUUGUGUGGCAUGCCCAACUUCACCUGUGUUUUUACCAGUUAUUUCUUCAAUUGGCUACAGCCUCUCCUCAAUUUACAAAAGGAUGUGUUCCUGGAAAAUGCUUUAAACAAAAUUUUGUAAAUUGAAAUGGUGAAAUGUACAAUGGGCAUUUUGGUCCAGUUGAUUCUUAUGUACAGAGAUUAGCACACAAUUUUAGAGUAAAAUAGCUUCUUAAAUCAAAAAGCCAUGCCCUAAAGAGUCAUGUCAUUAUAGUGAGAAUUGGUAAAUUGAGGAAUUACUGUAUUGGAAUCUCCACGGAACAACACUGGUGCAUUGUUGGCACUUUCAGCUGAGUCUUGGGGAUCUUUAUUACGGAUGAUGAAAGUUGUGGGCACAAGCUUGUGUACCGUCUCCCGAGUGUAAUGGUUGCAGCCUUGUGCAAAUCACGUGUACAAUAUUUACAUCUGCUCAAGAAUGGUGGGAAAUUCCAAUGACUGACAGCUUGCAAACCAGAGGUGAUGAUUUAAGAUAAAGUAGAUUGGAUUUGCUGAGGGGAAACCCAUUUUCUGUCAGCACUAGGGAUUGUUUUCAUCCAAGCUCACCAGCAAAACCUGAACUAACAUUUGGAGCCAUGUACGGGGGAUGAUACCAGCACAGACUAAGGAAGUAUUCCUGAUAUUGCUCCCUCCUUAUGAGAUAGAAUGUGAGCCAUGGAUCCCCCUCCCAAUUGGUAUCUGGUCAAGAUUAAACUUGGCUUAUAAUAUUGUCUAGAUUCAACGAUGGAUGGCUGGUUGCACCUACUUUAUUUCUCUGAAGUGAUUUUUUUUUCAAGAACCCUUGCCCUUUCCCAUUUGUGUUUAAAAUUUAGUUCACUUAACCUUAAGAUGUAUUGGAUUGCAUCCUAAUAUCAGUCAUUUUCAUCCAUCUACCGGUAUUUAAUAUUCUGUUUUCAGGGUGACACGGUAGAGCCGCUGCCUCACAGCUCUGGUAACUCAGGCUCAAUCCUGACCCCAGGGAUGUCUGUGUAGAGUUUGCAUAUUCUCCCUGUGACCAUGUGGGUUUCCCCUGGGUACUCCAGUUUCUUCGUACAUCUCAAACACAACGGUUGGUUGGUUAAUUGACCACUGUAUAGUGUAGGUGAGUGGUAAAAUUAAUGGGAAUGUGGGGGAGAAUAACCUCACCUACAGGGGAAAAUUAAUGGAGGGAAUGGUAUUGCUUUGUGGGCUGGCAGAGAGUGAUGGGCUGAAUAUCAUAAGAAAAUAUGAAUAUGGAAAGAAAUUUGAAUUAAACCAUUCCUCAGAAGCAGGUAGUUUUUAAAAGGAAUUAAAUGUAUUUUUAUAUGUUUGGCUUGACCUUGUUGUCUAGGUUAUUGAAGUAGAUCAACAAUUAAGGCUAUUGAUGGAAAACACAUUAGAUACCUGUUUCAUUA